CGCUAAGGCACUUCAGAAUCACUUCACUUCACUUCACUCUUGAGUGUCUUAAUCUCGACGCAGAUCUUUGACGAGCCAGUUGCCGUGCUUGUGUCUUCAACCAGGCUGCAGCCUUUGAGCCUCCAACAUUCUAUUCCUAUCGCAUGCGCCUGUUAAACCCCGUAUAGAGCAAUGCGUCUUCUGCUACGCAGCGACACAGGCGGUGUCAGCCUUACCCAGGACUUCUUAGGCGACGAUCUAAUCCCUCCCUAUGCCAUCCUUUCACAUACCUGGAUAGAGGGCCAGGAGGUCACUUUCCGAGAUUUGAUGGAUGGCACCGGACAGAACAAGGCUGGCUACGAGAAGAUCCGGUUUUGUGGACAACAGGCUGAUCGCGACGGUUUACAACACUUUUGGGUGGACACUUGCUGCAUCGACAAAUCAGACCACGUCGAACUUCAGGACGCUAUCAACUCUAUGUUCCGCUGGUACCAGAAUGCUGCCAAGUGCUAUGUUUAUCUGUCGGACGUCUCGAUAACCAAGCGGAAGGCAAGUAGUGGGUGCUCCGAGUUUGCUUGGGAGCCAGCUUUUCGGGUAAGCCGAUGGUUUAACCGGGGCUGGACUUUACAAGAGCUUCUUGCCCCACGCUCUGUUGAGUUCUUCUCCCAAGAAGGCAAAUAUCUAGGUAAUAAGAGAAGCCUGGAGCAACAGAUCUAUCAGAUAACAAGCAUCGGUGUCCCUGCCCUCCAAGGAUCCCCUCUAUGCAAUUUUGAUGUUGAGGAGCGACUGUCAUGGAUGGAGGGUCGCCGGACUACGCGCAAAGAAGACAGGGCGUACUCGCUAUUGGGUAUCUUUGGCAUAUAUAUGCUGCCUAACUAUGGUGAAGGGGAGGAGAACGCGUUCAGACGGCUUCGUGAGGAGAUUGAUAGGGUUUCGAGUGGUCCCCAGCUAAAAGAAGAUCGAAUAUGCAUUCAAAAUUUACGCCUCACCGACCCCCGCAAUGACAAGAGACGUAUUGAAGAAACAAAGGGCGGGCUACUAAAGGACUCGUACCGCUGGAUCCUCGAAAACUCCGACUUCCGACGAUGGAGUGACGGCCAGCAGAGCCGACUGCUGUGGAUCAAAGGCGAGCCUGGAAAGGGCAAGACGAUGCUUCUUUGCGGCAUCAUUGACGAGCUGAACAAGUUAAUGGGCAAGACAGCUCUCCUAUCCUACUUCUUCUGCCAGGCCAUGGACUCGCGUAUUAACAGCGCUACAGCCGUGCUGCGAGGUCUACUGUACUUGCUUGUCGAUCAACAGCCAUCGCUUGUCUUGCAUAUACGGAAGAAGCACGAUCACGCAGGCAAAGCGCUCUUUGAGGAUAUGAAUGCCUGGGUUGCCUUGUGCGAGAUCUUCACAGAUAUCCUGCAAGACCUAAACCAAAAAAGCACAUAUCUAAUUAUUGAUGCGCUUGAUGAAUGCGUUAUAGACUUGCCAAGACUACUAGACUUUAUUAUCCAAAAGUCUAUUGUAUAUCCUCAUGUUAAGUGGAUUAUCUCUAGCCGCAACUGGCCCGACAUUGAGGGACGUCUUGAGAGAGCAGGAAACAAGGUUAGGCUAAGCCUUGAGUUGAAUGCAGAGUCUGUAUCAACGGCUGUCCGGUCAUAUGUUCGGCACCAGGUUACUCAGCUAGCGCAAGAAAAGAAGUAUGACAACAAAACGCGAGACGCUGUACUCGCUCACCUGUUCUUAAAUGCGCAUGACACCUUCCUAUGGGUGGCUUUAGUCUGCCAACACCUUCGCGAUGUCCCACGAUGGAAGGUGUUCGCAAAGCUGAAGGCAUUUCCACCUGGGCUUAGCCCUCUUUACAAUCGAAUGCUGGAGCAUAUACGCAACUCGGACGAUGCAGAUCUCUGCAAGCACAUACUAGCGUUGAUUGCGACUGUAUACCGACCCAUCACACUGAAAGAGCUCACAUCUCUUAUUAAGGGGCUAGAGGAUAUGGCCGAUGAUAUCGAGUCGUUACGAGAGAUUAUUGGCCUAUGUGGCUCGUUCCUUACUAUUCAAGGAGAUACUGUCUAUUUUGUGCAUCAAUCUGCAAAGGAAUUUCUAUUUGCUAAUGCCUCUAACGAAAUCUUCCCAUCUGGAACAGAGGAGGUCCACAAUACAGUCGUCUCGCAAUCCCUUAAAAUCAUGUCUAGGACGCUACAAAGAGACAUGUACGGCUUAUAUGCGUUCGGGUAUCCUGCUAAGCAAGUUAAACGGCCAGAUCUGGACCCAUUAGCAGCGUCACGCUACUCGUGUAUCUACUGGGUUGAUCACCUCCAUGACUGCAAUCCUAGCCCUUCCGUAAAUCGCACUGGCCAUCUACUAGAGGAAGGCGCUAUUACUAACUUUAUAAAGAAAAAGUUUCUCUACUGGCUAGAAGCGCUUAGCCUCUGCAAGAGUGUACCGCAAGGAGUAGUUUCAAUGACGAGACUUGAGGCUGUAGUAGAGGGAAGAAUAUAUGGAGACACACUGCUCAAGGUAGUGCGAGAUGCACGUCGAUUUAUUAUGUCUCAUAAGUGGGCAAUAGAGAACAGCCCUCUUCAAGCAUAUGUGUCCGCACUCCUAUUCAGCCCAACUUGCAGCCUAAUAAGAAAUCUCUUUAAGAGGGAAAAGCCAGACUGGAUCGUAAUAAAGCCGGCUAUACAAGAGAAAUGGAGCCCCUGCCUCCAGACGCUCGAGGGCCAUAGCGGAUGGGUCAGCUCAGUGGCCUUCUCCCACGACUCCACCCGGCUGGUGUCAGGCUCAGUGGCCUUCUCCCACGACUCCACCCGGCUGGUGUCAGGGUCAGAUGACCACAAUGUCAAUCGAGGCAUACACUUGAGUUCAAAUUGUAGGUGGAUAACAUAUAAUUCCGAAAACCUGUUAUGGCUACCGUCAGAAUAUCGACCAUCAUGUUCAACAGUAUCGGAGAAAAUGAUUGGUACUGGAACUGGUCAUGGGAGGGUAUGGAUAUACAAGGUUGAACGUAACGAGCGUAAUGCAUCCUAAGGCGUUGGAACAUUC